AUGGCUAUGGCAGACUUCGGCAGUCCGAAGUAUGGGGGUUUUCUCAGGGGCGAACUGGUCUACAUCUCGUCACAGGAGAGGUAUUCCAACAACCAAAUGUAUUAUUGCUUUCCUACGGAUUGCGAAUACGGCUGUAACCUGAACACAUCCAAACCUUCGUUUGUCCUGCCUAAGGGGACUCCUUGGAUUAUGAUGAUGGAUCGCGGCCCAAAGGAUGAUCCGUGCUACUUCCUGGACAAGGUGUAUAACGCCCAACUGGCGGGAGCGGUCGGGGUGUUGGUGGCUGAUAACGAGGAUGAGGAACUCACCACGGCAGGAGCUCCUGAUACAGACGACACUGUAGAUGAGCUCCGCAAUGUGGACAUAUCCGCGGGGGUCAUUAAGAAGGCGGAUGCGGACUACUUGAGGGACUUGUUGAAAGGCGGGCGCAAGGUCGGGCUGAUGCUCAACUACACGGCCUCCGUGCCGCAGUCAGCCAAGGUGAACUGGGAGUACUGGGCCGGCACUACGGACGUGUGCGGCUUCAUGUGCCAGGAGCGUGUCAAUUUCACCCAGUCUGUUAAAGCCACGGCUGCCAGGUUUGAGGCCUCCGGCCAGACAAGUUUCACCCCUCGUUUCUUUCUGGAUGCUUGCCGGGAGGGUACGACAAACACUAAAGAGUGCCAGGACAACUGCUUUUCUAGCGGUCGGUACUGCGCUCGUCCUUCGCUCAGCUAUACGGGAAAGGACGUACUGCGGCAACUGCAGCAUGGCCCAGGGGCAGUUCACGGCCGAGUGCGCGGGCAAGGUGGGUUGGGGUGGAAGUCCACGGUAGUGUGGGGUGUGGUUUGUGGAGGUGAGGUGUACGACGCCGUGGAAGCCGCUUACCAAGCCGCCAGUAAAACGAAAUGGGAGGCUUGUUCAACGAACUUUACCGAGACCGACGGAAUAAUUCCAAUACUUGAAGAGGAGCUGAUGGCGCAGUUUGGCAAUAACACCACGCCGCCGAUAAAGCCGGUCGUCAUUGAGCCCACGAUCCGUAUUAACGGCGCUCAGUACCGCGGCUCCCUGAAGGCGGGUGCCGUACUGCGCGCGUUGUGCGCCGCCUUCCCAACCGGCCACGAACCUGAUAUCUGCAACGAGAACUGGGUCAGUGACGACGAGUGUGCUGGACCGUACGGCGAGGGGUUUAUCAAAUGCCGUGUCAGUGAAUCCAACUCCUCGUGUAUCAACACUUUCCAGGGCUAUCAGUGUCUCUGUGGAUCGGGAUUUGCCCUGGCUGUGAACCCCGGUGCAGCUGACGAGAUGUGUGACGACAUCAACGAAUGCGCCAUAUCGUAUGCGCCGUACAGACAAGCUGGCUGCAACUGUGAUCGCUGUGCCUGCAUUAACAGCAUCGGCUCAUACCGGUGUACUGGCGAGCGGGAAAACAUGUGUACGGAAACGCACAAGUACGGCGGUUGCUGGUCCCAAACAUUUGACUUACCGGGAGGCACGAAGAAGACUCUGACCAGGUGUCAGGAUAUGAUUCAGGAAUAUAGGGAGAAGUCGUACAUGGGCCUGCUGCUGGAUAAUGAUACGUGGUACAGGUGCGGUGACUGCCCUCCCUGCUUCGAUUUGCGCCCCGACGGAAGCUGCGCGCUUAGGUGCUCUGACCUAUCUCAGUGCGACCAGAUGUUUGGCUUCUGCCGGAGCCCGGAGGCGUCGGGAGGAGGAGGAGGGGGCGGCAGCAGCUCUGGGAGGAGCGGUAACGGUGUGCACCCUGGAUUCAUGGUCCUGGUGGCUCUGGGCGCCGCGGCCCUCACGGGCUUUGUGGUGAUGGCCGCCAACCACCUGCUCAUGAAGCGGCGGAUGGGGGACGAAAUUCGCGAUAUCAUGGCCGCCUACAUGCCGCUGCAGCGGGCGGUGUGGGGUCCGCCGCCACCGGCGGCGGCGGGGGCGGCCGCCUCGCGGCCUCCUGCCUCUGGCACGCUGAGCCCUUCCUCGGCUCCGAAACCAGCAGCUGCCGACGUGCCGCUCAAGCCCACGGUGGAUGUGUUUGGCAGCCGGGGCAGCGGCGGCGGCGGCGGCGGCGGCACCGCGGCGGUGGCGGCACCUGCGGCGCCACUGGCGGGCGAUGCUGAUCCUUUGCUGGGGCGUCAACUGAGCGGCAGUAGUACCAGCACCGGCCACCGCGCCGGUGAUGCGGCUGGUGGUGGUGGUGGAAGCACGGAGAAUCCCUUCCUGUAA